AUGAAGAUAGUCAAUGGAAAAGCGAACGAAAGUUUAAAUCCAAGAAAAGGAGAUAUACGAGUCAAUCAUCAUGGAUUAGAAGAAAAAUUUGACGGAAAUAAAUAUAAAAUUGUUUGUAAAUUCGAAGGCUGUGCCAAUAUUGCACAAAGUAAUGAGCGAUGUAAAAGAAGUCAUAUAACAACACAAUUAAAACCUAAUUAUAAUUCGAUAAAGACAAUCAAUACUUCAUCGUCCUCAACAAGAAAUAAUAAUUCUGCUACAAAAAUUACACGAAAUAGACAUCGUACACAUUUUGUACGAGUAGCAAAGAUAAAGAAACCAACUGUUCAAAAUGGCGAAGACCAAUCGCUGGAUCAAAUAUUAUUGACAUCAUGUGUCAAUAAUGGUAACUAUUCUCCACCUCAACCUAAAAAACGUUCUCCUUCAAAGACAACCACAUCGAAUGGAAAAUUAUCAUCACUAACGCAAUAUGAAAAAGGUGCAAUCGUUAACGACGACUAUGGCGUUCCAAAGAAAUUUGAUGGUUUUACCUUGAGAGAUAUUUGCAAAAAAGAUGGGUGUUUUAAUAUAGCACAGAAAAAUGGCAGAUGUAAAAAAAGUCAUCCGCGAAUACCAUUCAAGUUGUUCAAAAAUAUGGGUGAUAAGAAGGAUGCGUAUGAUGAUAAAUCGUUGACAGAACGAGUUCAUGCAUCGGUCUCAUCUUCAUCAGGAGUCACCAAUGUUCCAAAUCGAAGUCGUACUCGAGGCUCAACCAAACAACAACAAUCAGCAACGACAAUAGCAACAACAUCAGAUGUGUUAUCACGCAAAAGUGCAUCUGCUACAACAACACAAGAACAUACAACAAUCGAUGAAAAUACUAUUCGAAAACCAUCGAUAAAAACAACAACAAAUCAAAAUCCUUUGUCUACAAAACCGGCAAACGGUGAUAUAAUAACAUUAACAGAUGGAAUUAGAAAAAAAUGGAAUGGUAUCCAAUGGAGAAAACUAUGCAGUAAACCUGCAUGUCCGUAUUAUAUGCAAAGUAAAUGCUUAUGUAAACAACAUCUUUUACAACUUCAGCGAGAAGAAAUGGAAGAAACACCUGAAGAAGAAUCUACAACGACUACAAAUCAAAUGGAUUUGCCAAACAGUGAUACUGAUUUGAGUCAAAUUUUAAAUGAUUCAUCAUCGGUCGUUCUUAAUUCCACCAAAGUGACAACAUCUGAUACAACUGUUGGAGCACAACAGUCACAAACGCCCGUUAAUCCUGUCAAAGGCGACAUCCUCGUUUUGGAGAACGGUGUACGAAAAAAGUUCGAUGGAAGGCAAUAUAGACGUUUAUGUAGUAGAGAUAACUGUUUGACACUUGUACAAGGUCCCGUCUAUUAUACGAAUGGCCUAUGCCCAAAGCAUUGGCAAGAAAAUCAAUCGAAUAUUACUGAAACGGAUUCAGCACAUCAACCACAACAGCACUAUUAUUAUCAAAAAUGUGAUCGAACGUCGAUUCGUCUACCAACAAAUGAUGUAGAAAAAAUUGAUACGUAUGAAUCAGCUGAAAAGCCAACGAAAACCACAACUACACCGUUUGUAGCAACAAGUUCGACGUCCUUUACAUCAUCAAGGAAAAAAGCGAGUGGUCGUCGUGCAAAAUCAUCAGUCGGUAGCCAUCGUCGCCGUCUGACAUACUUUGGAAAUAAAGUACCAAAACCUAGUCGUCGUUUAACAGUAGCUGCUACUUCAUCAUCCGUAAAUCUGGAUCAACCAACAAAAGGUGAUGUUGUUAUAUUAGAAAACGGUUCACGUAAAAAAUUUGAUGGUAUUGUAUGGCGAAAAACCUGUUCACUCCCUCAUUGUUUUAUUGCGGCACAAAAAAAUGAAUUGUGUCGUAAACAUUAUUUACAAUAUAACGGACAGUUGGACUUAGCCAGACGUGAUAACCAGACAACAACAUCAAAAAGCAAUUCAUCAUUAUCCGAUUCAACACGUGAAAAACGAGGAAGAGAUACCUCUUUAACGAAGAAAAGUUUAUCUCGAAUGAAACAUAAAUUUGAAGAUGAAGAAAAUUAUGAUAAUGGAAACAGUAUUGAUAUGAUGUCAAGCAGUUUUGACGGAGAAGAAGAAGGAGAAGAAGGAGAAGAAGAAGAAGAAGAAGAAGAAGAAGAAGAAAAAGAAGAUGCAAAGAAUGAAGAAGAAGAACUAGACAGUGAAGAAAAUGCACAUAGUGAUGAUGAUGAUGAUUUGUCAGUUGAUUAUAUUGAAAAUAGCUUAAUUAAUUUGUUGUCAGCGAGUCGAGAGAAAUUUCCAACUAGUGCAUUGAAAAAAUGGUUACACGAUCAUAAAGAUAAUCCUUAUCCAACACAUGAUGAUAAAAUAAACUUGGCUAAUCUAUCGAAUAUAACCUAUGAACAAGUUGGAACGUGGUUUAAUAAUGCAAGAGCAAUUCUAAGAAGACGACAAAAAAAAUUGAGACAAUCAACAAUUCCACUUGUUCAAAAACAACAUCAACGAAAACGCAGUAGUAUAAAAUUAAAACUUGAACCAUCAACAAAACACGUUGCAAAUUUAAAUCGAUCACAAUUUUACAACGGUAUUUCCACACGUUCAAUUGGGAUUCAGUGUAAUCCGUCGGUUGUUAAUAAAUCAACAACAACAAAUUCAAAUAUACCAAAAGUUAAGCAAGAAUAUGAACAGCGAAUGGUUCGUACUGUACAACCAUCAUCUACUAAUAACAAAAAUAAUUCGAAUACUCAAACUACCAGUGAAAAAUUAUCAAUUGAAAAUAAACUAAAUGUAAAAUUAUCAUCUCAAAAUGAUAAUGAUGAUGACGAUGAUGUAAAUAUUGAUUGUUUAAUGGAUAUCAUACCCGCACAAUCAACUAAUGGUUUAACAUGGAAAUAUGAUAGAGAAGAUGAAAUUAUUAUUACAAGUACUUGUUUGAAUGAUGAUCAAAUAGCACAAUUAAAAGAAUUUUGUACUAAAUUUGAAAUAAAAAUGUCUCAAAUUGUUGAUCAAACCACAACACAUUUGAUUACGGAUGAAGAGGAUACAUCGUUAAUAUGUCCAUUAUCAAAAAAAGUCAUUCAAGCUGUUGCAAGACACAUGUAUGUUAUUAGUUAUCGAUGGAUAAACGAAUGUUUAAGAAAAGGAAAAAUAAUUGAUGAGAAUAUUUAUGAAAUUUGUGGUGAUUUAACACUUUCACCAGAUCAUAAUGGUAUGCAACGUUCACGUUUAAGUGUAUUACCAAAAACUUUGCCACCAACGUUACUUCUUGAUAAUUAUUCAAUAAUGAUUAAAUGUGAUGGAUGUCAAGAUAUGAUGAAUAAUGAUGAAUUAAUUGAACUUGUUCAAUUAAGUGGUGCACAUUAUACAAUGGAUUCACAUUUUUCUCGAAUAUCGCGUUCAAUUAUACGAGUUGUUUUAUGUGAAAAAGAAUAUUUACGUAAUCGAAAAGAAAUGUAUGAUAAAUGUGUUAAAGUUGGCGUUCAUUUUCUAACACCAGAAUGGUUUUUAGAAUCACUUGUGCAAUAUAAAGUUCAACCAUUUCAUGAAUAUCAAAUAACAUUGUCAUAUGAUCGAUGA